AUGCCGGGGCGAAACGCUGAGUGGGAUGAGGAACGCCGUGGCCGCGACCCCAUUCCCAUUGAAGCCGACGACAUCAACGCACUCUCCCUAUCUGUGGAUCGGCAAUCAUCCUACCUGGGCGCCUCGUCAAUCAAGGCAGCCCUAAUGUGUUUGCUCAAAGUUCAGCCCGCGCUGCGAAAUUCUCUCACCACCCCGCUCCACAGCGUCGAAGUCACCCACAACUUCCCGACUACGCGAGUAAGGGGCACCAUAUCCAAGGACACUCAACGCAUCCCCUGGUCGUGGAAAGGACAGACCCUCAUUGAUGCCUACUUCAAGCGCAUCCAUGUUUUCGUCCCCAUGCUGGAUGAAGCCUCGUUCCGUGCUGACUACCUCGAAGGCCAGCGAUUUGACGCACCAUGGCUGGCUCUGCUCAAUAUGGUUUUUGCCAUGGGCAGUGUCGUGGCCAUGAAGUCGGACGAUUACAAUCACAUCAACUAUUACAACAGGGCCAUGGAGUAUCUUCCAGUAGAUGCCUUUGGAAGUAGCCACAUUGAGAGCGUUCAGGCCUUGGCUCUAAUUGGCGGUUACUAUCUUCACUAUAUCAACAGGCCCAACAUGGCAAACGCUGUUCUUGGUGCGGCAAUUAGAAUGGCGAGUGCUCUUGGCCUUCAUCGCGAGAGCCUGGCGCAGGGAUCCAGUGACAUUGCUGCUGCCGAAACCCGGCGCCGUACAUGGUGGAGCUUGUUCUGUCUUGACACUUGGGCUACCACUACGAUGGGCCGGCCAUCAUUUGGCCGUUGGGGGCCCGCGAUCAACAUUCGGCCGCCGGAGUUUGGAAUCAACCAAGCCCGAGACUCUGCUCAGCACGCCGGUAUUCUGCCCCUGAUCGAGAACAUCAAGUUCUGCAAGAUAGCCACUCAGAUACAAGACAUGUUGGCAACAUCUCCUUUGCUGCGGGAAGAAGAUCGCUGCAAUCUGGAUGGUCAGCUGGUCAACUGGUAUGGCAAUCUGCCAUGGUUGUUGAGGACGACCGAUCCCUGUGCAGAGCCACUGUACAUGGCCAGGUGUAUUAUGAAGUGGCGCUAUCAAAACCUCCGCAUGCUUCUCCAUCGACCAGUCCUGCUCAGCAUUGCCAGCAGCGUCGCUUCCUCCCAAGUCGCAGAGCAAGAUGUUGACGCUGUUGAGACGUGCCGUGAGCUCGCCAAGCAGACGAUCGAGGACAUUGCGCGAGAAUGGACUCGGAAUCAAAUGUCCGGAUGGAACGCUGUAUGGUUCCUCUACCAGGCUGCUAUGAUACCACUUGUGAGUGUGUUCUGGCAGUGGAAUAGCCCACGCGUUCCCGAGUGGCACCAGCAGAUCGAGACGAUCUUGGAUCUUCUCGAGGCUAUGGAGGACUGGUCCCUGGCAGCACGCCGAAGCCGAGAGGUGGUGUGGCGAAUGUAUGAUGCGUCUAGACAACCCUCAAUGCGGUCAGAAAGCCCCUUGCAAGCUAUUGGAGAUGAGCAGGGCUUACUGAUGACCGAGACGGAGCUGCACAUGUCACCCAUCGGACUGGAGCCGGAGGGGAUGGGCAUAAUGGGCAUGCUUGACCAGCAUGGUCUCUGGGACCUAGACGGUAUGUAUUGGGGUCACAGUCCUGAUCAGGGCGUGGAAUUUGCCCCAUACCAUGUCAAUGAGCAGAUGAUGAGCAUGGAGUACGGCAUGAUAGGUGGCCAGGCCGCGCCGAUGGAUAGCAACUUCUUCGGCCCCUAA